CAGGUCUGCAGAGCGAGGUCGGUUGGACCGUUCCGGGGGGUUUUGCGUUCCCCCUUUUUUUCCUCCCCCUCCCCUCUUUCCUCCUCGCCUGGCAUCUCUCCCGGGUUGACCCACCCAGGUCCCUAUUGAAGAAGGGGGGAAAAGAGACCAAGGCGGGCGAGAGCCACAGCUGUAGCUGUCCAGGAAAAAAAAAAAAUUGCAUCUAUGCAGCGCAACUCCCGCGGCGGCCGGCCGUUGACCAUGCUCCGAUGCACGGACCUCGUCUGGACUUGGCUUCUCCUGGGCACCGCAGUCUCUCUUCAGGUGAACAUCGUCCCAAAUAAGGUGGAGGUGCCCGUUGGAGAAUCCAAAUUUUUCUUAUGUCAAGUCACCGGUGAUGCCAAAUCCAAAGAAAUCUUCUGGUUUGCCCCCAAUGGCGAUAAGCUGACGACAAACCAGCAGCACAUUUCCGUGGUCCGGUCAGAUGAUUCUUCCACUCUCACCAUCUACAACGCUAACAUCGAUGACGCCGGCAUCUAUAAAUGUGUGGUCUCCAGUGAGGAGGGGGAGGAAGAGGCCACACUCAACGUGAAGAUCUUUCAGAAGAUGACCUUCCAACAUGCCCCCAGCCCACAGGAGUUCAAAGAAGGAGAAGAUGCAGUUAUUACCUGUGAUAUUGUCUCCUCGCUGCCUCCCACAAUUAUGUGGAAGCACAUGGGCAGAGAUGUGGUCCUGAAGAAAGAUGUGAGGUUUGUGGUGUUGAGCAACAACUACCUCCAGAUCAGAGGGAUAAAGAAAAGUGACGAGGGCAUGUAUCGCUGUGAGGGAAGGAUCUUGGCCCGGGGAGAAGUGGACUUCAGGGAUAUCCGGAUCAUCGUGAAUG